CGCGCAGCAUCCUGGGAUACUGGCUGUCUCACGGCCUUAAGUGCGGGAGGAACAACGGCCGAGGUAGAUUCCGGGAGGUCGACGGCUGUAGUAACUGGACAAGUAGUUAGAAGAGCAGUAAGGGAGUUCCGUGAGAGUGCAGAAAGAAUAUUGCGGGCACACAGCCUACUAAGCCCCGGUUCUUCCCGUGAAUCGUGACUCUGUUUCCGAGGGACCGGUACAGAGGGUCACGAAUUCAGGAAUCGCCGAAACACAGCUGGUUAGGCCGCAGCCUUGGCCUCUACUGACAACAGUAUCCAUUUUUUUUUCUGAAGUAAAUGUGAUAAUAUCGUGUGGUAAGAAGCCAUGUCAGAUUUUCAGAGUUCAUGAUAAGAAAAUGAUGAAGGAAGUGACUGUAUGCCUUACUUUGGAAUUACCUCGGACUUUUGUUCCCUUGAGCAAGUUCGCUUUGGUGUACUUCGGACUCCAAAUGAGGCACAAGGAUGUGAUAUGAUUUAUGGUUUGCAGCCAUGCAUCUUAAGCCGUACCCAAAGCUACAAAAGAAAGAUGCAUCGCUUGAAUCAAGCCAAGAGGCACUCAGAGAGCUCCAUUCAAACCACCAUACAUCUGUAGGGGUUGAAAGAUGCCAAUCCACCUACAACAAACCAAUAUACUGUAAAUCCAUUGCUUUGGCAUCUCAUAUCAGCUUGUGGUGUCCAAGACCUUUUAAUUUCAUUUCUCAAAGUAAAAUGUGCAAUAUGAGGAAUCUAGCUGAUAAUGUUAGCUUUAAGGGAAGAAAGAAACCCAUGUCUGAAAACAUUCUGCCUCCUUCAAUUCAUCAGGAAGAAGGGGAGGCACAAUUGGAUAUUUGGGCAGUCAUAAAACCUGGUAACACAAAGGAGAAAAUUGCCUUCUUUGCAGCACAUCAGUGCAAUAACAGGACAAAUUCCAUGAAACUGAAAAGCAGUUGGGAUGCUGAGGUCACAACUGCUAAACGCAGAAGGAAAUCUAUUGAUCGAGAGAAAAUAAAAAUUCAACCAUUGAGAAAAGAUAGUGUAAAGGAUGUUGAUAGACGAUAUUUGUGUGCUGACCCACAAACAAUUAGUAACUAUGAUGAGAAUUCAUUUGUAAACAUUGAUAAACAAAAUGCUGAUGGACAUUACCAUAGCAGCUCUCUUUCUGUAGCAGAAAUGGUGGCUCUUCUAGAACAAAGGGCAAAUUCCCUUCUCCCUGACUGCAGCAAACCAUUUACAAAUGCCAAUGCUCACUUGCCGAAUAUUGUGCAUUCAAAGGGAGGGUCCCCAUUAGUAGAAGCCAUUUCGCACACAGGAUCUGAAUCUGAUGUAAGUCACAAAAAGUCCACUGAAAAUAAAAAACUACAGGGUGAAUAUGUUCGAGUUAUAGAAGUAAUAGCUAAACUUGAAUCUGAGUGCUUAAAAAAUCAACACAACAGAAAUGGAGAAGCUAGGAAUAAUAGCUUUCGAAGAGGGGUUGGGAGAGUUUUGUUGACUAAUCCUCACCUUUCAGAAGAAAGUGCCAAGAGUACAGGCAUAAUUCGAAACUCAGCUGGUGCACCCAGAGCAGUUGAUAACAUUGGGCAAAGCAAAGAACAAUGUAGUCACAUAAGCACAAGCUAUACUAAACCAUGCACUGAACCACAGGUUAAUGCUCCAUCUCUAGCUAUUAACUUUUCUGGUGUGGUAUUGAAUCUCUCUUCUAAAGAGACUUCAUUAACCCACAAGGAAACAACAUCAUUGCCAAACAGUACAAGAGAACAUUUUAAUAGUGAUGUUGAGACAUCAGUGGAGUCCUGUAAUACCCCAUCACUGUGUUGGGAAAUGGACAAUAAGUUUGUAUCAAACUUUACUUUACCGGAGAGUGGUAUGGGUGAAUAUGCAAAUAACUUUAUUGUCAAUGAGUUAGAGUCUUGUGUGGUGGAUAGGAAUAUGGUUAUGAGGGUCAAGGAAGCAACAGAAUGUACGUCAGUGACUAAACUAAAGUCUGAGGAACCCCUUCCUGGAAAACUAUUUUUCUCACUUGAACAGUCCCACUUGGAAAACUUGGAUUCAAUUGAAAAUACUACUGAGGAAAUCUUGGAUAUUGCACGUUGCAGGGAUGACUUUCUGAUUGCUGAAAACAGAACAUUGAACAGAAGUUGUUCAGAAGCAAAUCAGAGCAGUUCUUGCACACCUUUUGGAACUAUGUGCCCUUCAUUAACUGAGCCCUUUCCUCUAAGAAGGCAAGUAUCUCACGAGUUCUUAGAAACUCGCUUCAAAAUUCAACAGCUUCUUGAGCCUCGGCAAUACAUGGCCUUUUUACCACACCACAUCAUGGUGAAGAUUUUCAUGUUCCUUCCUACUAAAUCCCUGGCAGCUCUCAAAUGCACGUGCCAUUAUUUUAAGUUUAUUAUAGAAAACUAUGACAUUAGAGCAACAGAUUCACGUUGGGUCUGUGACCCACGAUACAGAGAUGAUCCAUGCAAGCAAUGUAAAAAGCAUUAUACAAAAGGGGAUGUGUCAGCAUGUCGGUGGCAUUCAAAACCUUAUUAUAAAGUUCCACCCUAUGGGCGUUCCUACUGGAUGUGUUGUUGGCAGACAGAAAAAGAUUCACUAGGCUGUAAAAUUGGGCUUCAUGAUAAUAACUGGGUGCAGUCUCAUAAUCAUGUGCAACAAAUAUGUGAAAAGGUAAAGAAUGGAGAAGGAAUAUGACAUUUUAAAAAAAAAAAGUGAAUUUGGUUCAGUAUGACUGGGGAUAUAAAAUGUUGUUAUUGAAUUGUUUGCUUCCUGUAGAAAUUGGAAUAUUUUAUUGGUUCUGCACUGUUUACAUUGUACAGUAUGAACAUAUUAGCUUAUGUGAAUCUGCAUGAACCAAACUGCAGCAGCCAGUAGCUGUGAGAACUGCAGUAUUUGCUCUAUCAUGUGUUUGAUUUACGAUAAUAUUGUACUGUUAAUGUAGCUGGCACAGCAACAAACCACUACAAUGCAGCAGUGUUGCAGUUAGUCUGUUUUAAGAAAUGGUCUUUCUUUUGAAUAGAUUGUAUAUUCUACCUAAAAUUACAUUUAAGUGCAAAAAUAUUGGCAUGGAAAUGAAUAAAUAUAAACAAGAUUGGCCACUUAAGAUCUGAGAAUUAUGAUGAGCAAGUGUUGCUAAACAAUGUUAGAGCAAGUACAAAAAAAAUAGCAGCACUGCAGAAUUACAGGUUAUGCAAAAUGAAAACUGGUUGAAAAUUAAUUGCAUUACUUGAAUUGCCACUGUCAGUGUAUAGCAAUGCUUACUUUGGUUUAAUGAGUCUCAGAUCUUUGGGGGAGGGGUUUACUGCUCUUAAAGGUUUGGUGAUAUAUAUGGAGUUAUAUGAACUAUUGUAUAGUGAUCAUUUUAGUGGAUGUUUUAAUAGGAUUUAUCAAUUUUGUGUUAAAGCAUAUAACUCAACUGUACAUCAAAAAUAAAAUUCAUUGUGCCAUGGCAAACAAUUCUUUGGUCCAAUUGAUAUAACUCAAUCAUAAUUGAAAUCUUGUUUGCUGACAAGAAAUAAAUAUUUUAAACAAAGCUUUCCACACAACAAAUCUAACUCAAUGUAUGCCUAGGUAUAUAAAGUGCUGUGGAAGGGAAGGAAAUUGGGUUCUCAUCCUAUAUAUAUCAAGAAUAGGCCGUGUUUAAAUCCAAACACGUAAUAAAUUACCAGGUUUUAAUAUUAAUACUUGAGCUUUAGCACCGAAUUUAAAACUUGAAUCUGUUUUUGUUUUGAGUUCCAGUCAAAAGUCCUGUUCCAACUUGACUUUAAAAAGAUUAGUUUUAUUUUUAUUGUUUAUCUUUGCUUAUCUCAAAUGUAAAAGCAAAGUAAAUCCUCUCAUUGAUUUAGUGGUUAAAAUAAUGUGUCAAAACCUUUUUUUACGUAUAUUUGUGAUUUAAUAUCUGAUCUCCAGUGUUUCCCUUGAAAGGGAAGAGAACUUGAUGAAAAUAAGACUCAAUCCAAGUCCUGGUAUGAAUAACUAUUUAUUUUUCUUAAGUCUUUAUAUAAAUGGAAUUUUAUUUUCAUAGAAUUAUACUUGUUGCAUUAAUAAAAAUUCCCAAAUUUCUGAAACAGUUGAAGUUAAAGGCUAAAACUGUAAAUAUUCACCAGGCCAUGCUCAGCAGAAGGAAGGAAAAUGGAGUUCUGAAAAUGAAUACUUUAUUCCUUUCUUCAUGGAUACUCCUGUUUGGACUAUGCUUCUCCUCCCGUUCUAUAGUUUGAUUUUUUUUUUACUUGUGGAUAAUCCCAAGACCGAAUGUAAGAAUGCUGUAGAGAUAUUAAUUUUGUAAUAUAAAUGUUUAAAGUGCUUUUAAUACUGCCUUUGCAAGCUUGGAGUACACAUUUACAUAUUUGUACAAUUAUGUUAUUGGGACUAGGAUUUUUAUUUUUGCAUUGAUAUUGUCUAAGUAUUCCCCUUUAAAUUUCAUUUCUUGUAAAUGUAUUGCAUCUUUGUUUUUCUUUUAUUCUCACUGCACUCAUUCAUAUAGUGCCUAAAAUGUUCAUCUGUUGCCUACUUAAUUCUGCAUAACCUGUAACACUGCAUAUAGCUUUGCUUUAGAAUAUAUUUUAUUUCCACUAAACUUGCUGCUUGCUCUGAAUCUCCAUUUACAAGGGAGCACAAUUAUCAAGCUACUGUUUCUGUGUAUCUUGUACAUUACUUGCAAUUUUCUAUAAGCUUAAAAAUGUUGUAAAAUUAAUAAAAUGGAACAUUAAUAGAAAAUGUACUGGUUGUAAAUGUUUGGUACCGAAUUUUGAAAUUCAUUAUAUCUCAUUUUCUGCAUUAGAACUUUAAAAAAUAUAUAUUAUGUUGGAAGCCA